UCGUGGGAAACAGAAUUUUGAAGGUAGACGGAAACAUAUUAAAAGGGAGGGCAUGGAGUAUAAAUUUAUGAUAUCUUCCAUUGUCGCCGGCCUAUUCAGUCUCCGACGACCAAAAAUGACUUCCUCCAAGAAAUCCGACGGCCAAUCACCUUCUUCUCCGACGCAGUUUGUUCAUUACCAGUCCCUGCCAUCGGAACCUCAACAACCCCAAUACAUAAUUGUUUUACCACCUUACCCUCGCCCUCGUCCCAUCUUCGACCGGAGCUGCCGGAACUUCCUUCUCUGCGUCUCCGUCAUCGUUCUCCUCGCCGUCGCCGUGUUCUUCCUCUGGCCUUCCGGCCCCGAUGUCUCCGUCGCCCGCCUCAAGCUCCAGGGCUUCAAAAUUCACUUGAUUCCACUCUCCAUCGACAUAACCCUAGACCUCAGCGUUAAGGUCCGCAACCCUAACUUCUACUCCAUCGACUAUACAUCGCUGGUUGUAUGGAUCGGCUACAGAGGAAAGCAGCUGGGGAACGUCACGUCCGAUAAGGGACACCUCCAAGCCAGAGCCUCUUCGUACAUCAACGCCACGCUUGAGCUCGAAGGCGUUGAGAUCUUCAGCGAUGUGCUUUCGAUCAUCGAGGACGUUUCCAAGGGCUCGAUUACUUUCGAUACGGUUACUCUGAUUAAUGGCCAACUCGAUUUGUACUUCUUUCAUCUUCCUCUCGAGGGAAAGGUAUCGUGUGAAAUUGUUGUAGAUACAAAUAACCAAACAAUUAGCAGUCAAGAUUGUUACCCUGAGUAAAACCUUUCGAAUGCAACCCUUUGGAUGUAGAGGCGAUGAAGAAGCCAACUGACUCCGGCAUACUUGAUCAAUUAUGAAGUGUGCCAUGCUGCCAUGUUCGAAAACAUUUGGUUGAUUGUAACAUUAUUAUUACGAGAUAUUUGGUACAUCUCCUCUCCUUUUUUUGUGGGAUACCACAAAACUGGUUUGGUAUUAGCAACUCUACCUAUAUUGUACAUAAACAAUGUAUUGAAUUUGUAAUCUUUAAUUUAAGAUAAAAAUCACCCAUCAUCUUCUCCAUUGGCUA